AUGUCUUUAUCACGUAUACGUCUUGUCAAACGACCAAUUGGUGUUGUGGCCAAAGCCGCUGUGUUUCAGCCUCGGUUUUACUCCGUCGGCGAAAAUAAGCCUAUCCCUGAUUCCCCUCCGCUUACUUCGCGAUGGUUUACUGAUUUACAAGGCCAAUUGAAGGAGCUGACAGAUGCAAAGCAACCCAGUGAAUGUGCGCGACAAGCUAGGGAGCUAUAUGAGUUCUCCCAGAACAACUGGCUUGAGCUUUUGGCGGGACAGCAGGGUUUUCUUACAGACAAGAAAUGGCGCGGGCUGAAUAAUCACCAACUACUCUGGGGAGAUAUGGAUAGCAUGGGUACGAAAAAUGCUUAUCAUGAUUAUUCUGUCUAA